AUGAAUAACAGCUCAGCAUGUUCUCAGCUGCAGCCAUCCACGGUCUCUUCUGUGGCUUUACCAAUCAUUUAUAUUUUACUUUGUAUCAUUGGUCUCUUUGGCAAUUCACUCUCUCAAUGGGUAUUUUUAACAAAAAUAGGUAAGAAAACAUCGACACAUAUCUACCUAACACAUCUUGUGACUGCAAACCUCAUUGUGUGCAGUAGUAUGCCUUUCAUGGGUCUCUAUUUCUGGAAAGGUUUUAAAUGGGAUUAUGGUCCUAAAGCAUGUGGCUUGGUCAAUUUUCUAGGAACUUUAUCCAUGCAUGUAAGUAUGUUUGUCAGUCUCUUAGUUUUAAGUUGGAUUGCCAUUAGCCGCUAUGCUACUUUAAUGAAAAAGGAUUCUGUCCAAGAGAUCACCUCGUGUUAUGAGAAAAUAUUUUAUGGCCAUUUACUGAAAAGAUUUCGUCAGCCCAAUUUUGCUAGAAAACUGUGUUUUUACAUAUGGGGAGUUGUACUGGGCCUAAUUUUUCCAGUUAUCAUAUACUACUCAGUUGUAGAGGCUAUGAAAGUAGAAGACAAGAACUGCUAUACCAAGCAGAUAGAAGUAGGAGGCAAGUUCUCUCAGAUUGCAGGCCUCAUUGGAACUACAUUUAUGGGGUUUUCAUUUUUAAUAGUAUUAAUAUCAUACUACUCUUUUGUUAGCCAUCUGAGAAAAAUUAGAACCUGUACAUCCAUUAUGGAAAAAGAUUUGACUUACCGUUCUGUGAGGAGGCAUCUUUUGGUCAUCCAGAUUCUACUAAUAGUGUGCUUUCUUCCAUAUAGCAUUUUUAAACCAAUUUUUUAUGUUCUAAAUCACACAGAAGACUGUGAGCAAUUGAAUUAUUUAGUAGAAAUAAAAAACAUCCUCACCUGUCUUGCAUCAGCCAGAAGUAGCACAGACCCCAUUAUAUUUCUUCUUUUAGAUAAAACAUUCAAGAAGACACUAUAUAAUCUCUUUAUAAAAUCCUAUGGUUGA